UUUUUUUGGAGAAAAGGGGAAUUUCGUCCCAAAUAAAAGGAAUGAAGUCUGGCUCCGGAGGAGGGUCCCCGACCUCGCUGUGGGGGCUCCUGUUCCUCUCCGCCUUGCUCUCGCUCUGGCCGACGAGUGGAGAAAUCUGUGGCCCGGGCAUUGACAUACGCAACGACUAUCAGCAGCUGAAGCGCCUGGAGAACUGCACGGUGAUAGAGGGCUACCUCCACAUCCUGCUCAUCUCCAAGGCUGAGGACUACCGCAGCUACCGUUUCCCCAAGCUCACAGUCAUCACUGAAUACUUGCUGCUGUUCCGCGUGGCUGGCCUAGAGAGCCUCGGAGACCUCUUCCCGAACCUCACAGUCAUCCGCGGCUGGAAACUUUUUUACAACUACGCCCUGGUCAUCUUUGAGAUGACUAAUCUCAAGGAUAUUGGGCUUUAUAACCUGAGGAACAUUACUCGGGGUGCCAUCAGGAUUGAAAAAAAUGCUGAUCUCUGUUACCUCUCCACAGUGGACUGGUCUUUGAUCCUAGAUGCAGUGUCCAAUAAUUAUAUUGUGGGGAACAAGCCCCCAAAGGAAUGUGGGGACCUGUGUCCAGGGACCAUGGAGGAGAAGCCAUUGUGUGAGAAGACCACCAUCAAUAAUGAGUACAACUACCGCUGUUGGACCACAAAUCGCUGCCAGAAAAUGUGCCCGAGCGUGUGCGGAAAGCGGGCGUGCACCGAGAACAAUGAAUGCUGCCACCAGGAAUGCCUGGGCAGCUGCCACGCACCCGACAAUGACACAGCCUGCGUGGCCUGCCGGCACUACUUCUAUGAGGGCGUGUGUGUGCCUGCCUGCCCGCCUGACACCUACAGGUUCGAGGGAUGGCGCUGCGUGAAGCGCGACUUCUGUGCCAACAUCCUCAGCGCUGAGAGCAGUGACUCUGAGGGCUUCGUCAUCCACGACGGCGAGUGCAUGCAGGAGUGCCCCUCAGGCUUCAUCCGCAACGGCACCCAGAGCAUGUACUGCAUCCCUUGCGAAGGUCCUUGCCCCAAAGUCUGUGAAGAAGAGAAGAAAACAAAGACUAUUGAUUCUGUUACUUCUGCUCAGAUGCUCCAAGGAUGUACCAUCUUCAAGGGCAAUUUGCUCAUUAAUAUCCGACGAGGCAAUAACAUUGCCUCAGAACUGGAGAACUUCAUGGGGCUCAUCGAGGUGGUGACCGGCUAUGUGAAGAUCCGCCAUUCCCAUGCCUUGGUCUCCUUGUCCUUCCUUAAGAACCUUCGCCAGAUCUUAGGGGAGGAACAACUGGAAGGGAACUAUUCCUUCUAUGUCUUGGAUAACCAGAACUUGCAGCAGCUGUGGGACUGGGACCACCGCAACCUGACCAUCAAAUCUGGGAAAAUGUACUUUGCUUUCAAUCCCAAACUGUGUGUUUCUGAAAUUUACCGCAUGGAGGAAGUAACAGGGACAAAAGGGCGCCAAAGCAAAGGAGACAUAAACACCAGAAACAAUGGAGAAAGAGCCUCCUGUGAAAGUGAUGUCCUACAUUUCACAUCCACCACCACGUGGAAGAACCGCAUUAUCAUAACCUGGCACCGGUACCGGCCCCCGGACUACAGGGAUCUCAUCAGCUUCACUGUUUACUACAAGGAGGCACCCUUUAAAAAUGUCACAGAAUAUGAUGGGCAGGAUGCCUGUGGCUCCAAUAGCUGGAACAUGGUGGACGUGGACCUCCCUCCCAACAAAGAUGUGGAACCUGGCAUUUUACUGCAUGGGCUGAAGCCCUGGACUCAAUACGCAGUCUAUGUCAAGGCCGUGACCCUCACCAUGGUGGAGAAUGACCACAUUCGUGGGGCCAAGAGUGAAAUCUUAUACAUUCGUACCAAUGCUUCAGUUCCUUCCAUUCCCCUGGAUGUCCUUUCAGCAUCGAACUCCUCUUCUCAGCUGAUUGUGAAAUGGAACCCCCCAUCUCUACCCAACGGUAACCUGAGUUACUACAUUGUGAGAUGGCAGCGGCAGCCUCAGGACGGCUACCUGUACCGGCAUAAUUACUGUUCCAAAGACAAAAUCCCCAUCAGGAAGUAUGCUGAUGGCACCAUUGAUGUCGAAGAGGUAACAGAGAAUCCCAAGACUGAAGUGUGUGGUGGUGAGAAAGGGCCUUGCUGUGCUUGCCCUAAAACUGAAGCUGAGAAGCAAGCUGAGAAGGAGGAGGCUGAAUACCGCAAAGUCUUUGAGAAUUUCCUGCAUAACUCCAUCUUUGUGCCCAGACCUGAAAGGAAGCGGAGAGAUGUCAUGCAAGUGGCCAACACCACCAUGUCCAGCCGAAGCAGGAACACCACAGUGAUGGACUCCUACAAUAUGACAGAUCCAGAAGAACUUGAGACAGAGUACCCUUUCUUUGAGAGCAGAGUGGAUAACAAGGAGAGAACUGUCAUCUCUAACCUCCGGCCUUUUACUUUGUACCGCAUUGAUAUUCACAGCUGUAAUCAUGAGGCUGAGAAGCUGGGCUGUAGUGCCUCUAACUUUGUCUUUGCCAGAACCAUGCCUGCAGAAGGAGCAGAUGACAUUCCUGGCCCAGUUACCUGGGAGGCAAGGCCUGAAAACUCCAUCUUUUUAAAGUGGGCAGAACCUGAGAACCCCAAUGGAUUGAUUCUAAUGUAUGAAAUAAAAUACGGAUCACAAAUUGAGGAUCAGCGAGAAUGUGUGUCCAGACAGGAUUAUAGAAAAUAUGGAGGGGCCAAGCUCAACCGGCUAAACCCAGGGAACUAUACCGCGCGGAUUCAGGCUACCUCUCUCUCUGGGAAUGGGUCAUGGACAGAUCCUGUGUUCUUCUAUGUCCCAGCCAAAACAACGUAUGAGAAUUUCAUCCAUCUGAUCAUCGCUCUGCCGGUCGCCAUCCUGUUGAUCGUGGGAGGGCUGGUGAUAAUGCUGUAUGUCUUCCAUAGAAAGAGGAAUAACAGCAGGCUGGGGAAUGGAGUGCUGUAUGCCUCUGUAAACCCAGAGUACUUCAGCGCAGCCGAUGUGUACAUUCCUGAUGAGUGGGAGGUCGCUCGAGAGAAAAUCACCAUGAGCCGGGAGCUGGGGCAGGGGUCCUUCGGGAUGGUCUACGAAGGAGUUGCCAAGGGUGUGGUUAAAGAUGAACCUGAAACCAGGGUGGCUAUCAAGACAGUGAACGAGGCUGCCAGCAUGCGUGAAAGGAUUGAGUUUCUGAACGAGGCUUCAGUGAUGAAGGAGUUCAAUUGUCACCAUGUGGUGCGGUUGCUGGGCGUAGUGUCCCAGGGCCAGCCAACGCUGGUCAUCAUGGAACUGAUGACACGGGGGGAUCUCAAAAGUUAUCUCAGAUCUCUGAGGCCAGAAAUAGAGAAUAACCCAGUCCUUGCACCUCCAAGCCUAAGCAAGAUGAUCCAGAUGGCUGGAGAGAUUGCAGAUGGUAUGGCAUAUCUCAAUGCUAACAAGUUUGUCCACAGAGACCUUGCUGCCCGAAAUUGCAUGGUGGCCGAAGAUUUCACAGUCAAAAUUGGAGAUUUUGGUAUGACAAGAGAUAUCUAUGAGACAGACUAUUACCGGAAAGGAGGGAAAGGGUUGCUGCCUGUGCGCUGGAUGUCUCCUGAGUCCCUCAAGGAUGGAGUCUUCACCACUCAUUCAGACGUCUGGUCCUUCGGGGUUGUCCUCUGGGAGAUCGCCACACUGGCCGAGCAGCCGUACCAGGGCUUGUCCAACGAGCAAGUCCUUCGCUUCGUCAUGGAAGGUGGCCUUCUAGACAAGCCGGACAACUGCCCCGACAUGCUGUUUGAGUUGAUGCGCAUGUGCUGGCAGUACAACCCCAAGAUGAGACCUUCCUUCCUGGAAAUCAUCAGCAGCAUCAAAGACGAGAUGGAACCUGGUUUUCGGGAGGUCUCCUUCUACUACAGUGAGGAGAACAAGCCACCUGAACCUGAGGAGCUGGACCUGGAGCCUGAAAACAUGGAGAGUGUCCCCCUGGACCCCUCGGCCUCAUCAUCAUCCCUGCCGCUGCCUGACAGACACUCAGGACACAAGGCUGAGAAUGGCCCAGGCCCUGGGGUGCUGGUUCUCCGAGCCAGCUUCGAUGAGAGACGGCCUUACGCGCACAUGAAUGGAGGACGCACAGAUGAGAGAGCCUUGCCGCUGCCCCAGUCUUCAACCUGCUGAUUCUUGGAUCCCGAAUCCCGUGCAAACAGUAACGUGUGUGCACACUCAGCGGUGGGUGGGGGGAGAGAACGUUUUAACAAUCUAUUCACAAGCCUCCUGUACCUCAGUGGAUCUUCAGAACUGCAUUGCUGCCCACAGGAGACGGCUUCUCUGCAGUAAAACACAUUUGGGAUAUUCCUUUUUUCAAUAUGCAAGCAGCUUUUUAUUUCCCUACCCAAACCCUUAACUGACCGGCCUCUAAGAACCUUAAUGACAAUACUUAAUAGCAACAGAACACUUGAGAAUUGAGUCUCCUCAUAUAUUCUCUCUCUCUCUCUCUCUCUCUCUCUCUCUCUCGCUCGCUCUUGCUCUCGCUCUCCUUCUUUCUUCUUUCUUUCCUUUUUCCUUUUCUGCUUCAUAAUGGAAAAAUAUUUGCCACAAACCCAGCCGGGAAGCCCUUUUUAUCAGAUGGAGGAAGUGGCUCUUCCUGGGAUUCCACGUCACCCUGUGUAUACCUGCCUGACACCACAGGUCUUUAUAAAACACACACAUACACACAUUGAGACGGAGUUUUUUAACUGUGUCUUUAACCUUUCUAGUGUCAUCUAAAAUUCAAAAAGGGCCAUUGUUCAUCCAUGGUUGUUACCAUUGUAAUGCUGCCAAAUUUUGCCAAAAUCCUGAACUUUCUCCCUUAUCAUCCAUACCCCCCCUGCCCCCACACACAUUGAUUUUCUUCUGUCCAGAGGAAUGGGGUGAGCAUGGUAUCAUUUAUGAGAAAUAUUGGUGAUGUACUCCAUCUGACUGUUCCCCAGGUGCUUUCCAAGCCCACAUCCACCCCAGUCUCGUUGCUUUUGAUGACUAGGUUAUUAUUUGGGGGAACUGGACAAAAUGGGACCUUCCAUCAGUGAAGAUGGGGAAAGGCUGAACCAGGUUCCCCACCCCACUCCCUACCUCCACCCCUUUCCCUCUGAGAAUUCUGGAGGAAACAGACCCUGAGUUAAACCUAAAAGCCAGACUAAUGGGUCCAUGUGGACAUCAUGCCAGUUUCCUCCCCCAGCCCCAGCACCCCCUCCUGACCCGCCAAGGAACACAGAUGGGUUUCCAGGGACCCAGCCCAGCCAUUUGUGCAGGUGUGCAAGGAAAGGGGUUCAGACACCAUAGCAGUGAGAAGAAGUGCAGGCAAUGGAGUCAAGCAUUCUAAGCUUUGUUGACAUUUUCUCUGUUACUAGGACUUCUUCAUGGGUCUUACAGUUCUAUGUUAGACCGUGAAACAUUUGCAUACACAUUGUCUUUAAUGUCACUUUUAUAACUUUUUUACGGUUCAGAUAUUCAUCUAUACGUCUGUACAGAAAAAAAAAAGCUGCUAUUUUUUUUGUUCUUUAUCUUUGUGGAUUUAAUCUAUGAAAACUUUCAGGUCUACCCUUCUUCCCUUUCUGCUCACUCCAAGAAACUUCUUAUGCUUUGUACUAGAGUGUGUGAUUUUUCUUCCUUUUCUCCCAAUAAUUGAUACUUCUAGAACAUAAUUUGCCAUGAACUGUUUGAUGCCUUUUUAUAAAUUCAUCUCCCCUUUCCCUGAUCCCCCAGGCCCAUUCAUUGUAGGUUUUGUGGGCACGAGGCUGGUGCAGGAAGGAGGCAGAUCAGAAGCUCGGGCCAAGGUCCCAGUGGGUCUUGCUCCCUCCUUCCCCUGCCUCCCUUCUCGUGGCAUUGGAGUCUGUUACAGCGCAGGACACGAUGCAAACUCAGGUUAGACCAAAAAAAAAAAAAAGGUUGAAUAUCUCACACAUCCUUGUUCAUUGUUUAUAGUCCCCCAUCGUUGAAAGUCUCACCUUUCCCUUGCCUUUGUUUUGGUUGUGACACACAUAUAUAUAUUUUUUUAACUAUUGGGUACAACAGCAGUUUUAACUGCAGACACUAGGCAUUUGGAUUACUUUUUUUUUUUUUAAUGGAUAUUUAAUCCUUCCAUCCCACAGAAAACAGCUGCUGAGUCCCAGGGUGCAGCAGGGUGUGGCCCAACAGGCUCCCCUCUACUACCCUCCACCACCACCCUCACCAUACCGACCUACCUGUCUCUAGAAACAGAGCAUCCUAAGGGACUUCCCCCACACUGACAGGGAACAGGACCCCGGCAUCCCAGCUGGCCCAGAGACAGCAUCCUCAGGGGUGUGUACAAGCAUAUCGCCAGGUCUGCUGGCCUGAGUGCCAGGUCAGGGCAGUGCCAGCGCUGUGGCAGUCCCAGCCCUUUGCUCUUUCCCAGGGGACCAGAACCCUGGCGCUGGUGUGCUGUUCCUUGGCCAGGAAUCCCAGUCCUUCAGGCCCGGGGGUCUUGUUCUGUUUAGUUUUUUAGCACUUCUCACCAGAGUGAUGACAGCACAAGAGUUGCUUCUGGGAUGGAAAUGUUUAAAUUAUGAGUAAGAACAAAACUCGAAGAUGAUGAUUGCUAGUUGUGACUGGAGAUUAAACACAAAAAAAGAAAGUCUGUAGUGCAUUUUUGCUUGUCAGUAGUUUCAAUCUCACAACUUUUUCACUAGCCUCUGUCCCACAGUGUUUUUCCUUAAAAAAAAAAAAAAAAAGAAAGAAAAAAA